UCAGGUGGGUUUGUUGACAACAAAGCACGUGGUGCGCCUUGCUACCUGUCACAUGACCUGCAAUGACUAACGAAAAUAUUUCUUUUGUGUAAUGGGCAUAGCACGUUCCUCUGAUCUGUAACAGCAUGCUUCGGUAUGGUUUGUAAAUGAUUAGACACACUCCACUGUCACGGAAUACGAAUUAAAGGCUUUCAUAUGGUCACUGUGAUCAGAACAAGAUGGCGACAGACUCAAACAACGAGAAAUCACCGCUUCUCUCGAGCCAGCCCGACACAGACGGGAUCUCACCUCCAAGCAUUUGUGGCGAGAAAAGAGGGCGACGAUCCUGUCUAUUCAACCUGGUCCUGGCUAACGUUGUCGUCUGCAUCCUGACAUCAGCAUCCAGCCUCUUCUCGCCGGUCCUGUCUCAAUACGUCUACCACAGAAUCUCCCUGCAGGUGUUCGGCAAUGACACGAGAACAAGGAACUUCUCCACGCUGGCUCCAUGCUUCCAGAACACAUCGGACCCAGGCUACCUCCUUCAGGAGCGAGCACAGAUUGAAUCAUCAGAGAAGCUCUCCGAGUUUACUAUAGCGUCCAGCGGCAUUGCAGUCCUGUGUAAUGUAAUCCUGGGAACCUACUCUGACUUCUUUGGAAGGAAGUUCCUCUAUGUUAUAUGUAUGACGGGGUAUGUAUUACGGACAAUUGUUACGGUAAUAAUAAUACACUGGAACCUAGACCUCGACUACCUCUUCCUUGCUACCGGUCUGUAUGGUCUAUGUGGAGGAUCGUGGUCAUUCACACUUGCAUCGUGCGCCUACACCGCUGACAAUACACCCCCACACCAGUCCCGAUCUCUGUGGAUGGCCGUCAUCGAGACCGUCACUGGUCUUAGCGCUGCUCUUACAUCCCUCGCAGUAGGUUAUUUCAUACAGGCCACAGGCUAUUUCUAUCCAUCUUUAACCUCAGCUCUUGUCAAUGUCCUAGGUAUCCUAGUCGUGAUCCUGUUCAUGGAGGAGACAUGUCCCAGGCAACAGAGGUCCUGCAUUACCCCCCUUCAGGGUUUAAGGAACAUGAUGAGCGUGUAUGUCUUCCAGGGAACAAGAUUAAAGAAAGGUCUCAUCUGGUUAGGGCUAUUGAUAUUCCUCUUCUCCAUCAUCAACAACUCGAGUGGGUCUAAUCUGGACACGCUGUUCGAGAUGAACCUGCCGUUCUGUUGGAGCCCGGAGAAGAUGGGGCUGUUCAACACCAUCACCUACCUGGUGAAGAACCUGGUCGGGGUGUUUCUGGUGAAAGGACUACAGUAUUGUAUGACGGAUGAAGUUGUUGCUUUAGUGGCCACGGUGUCAGCUAUCGGCGGAGACCUCAUGUGGGGAUUUGCCACAAACGACUUUAUGCUGUAUGCGGGAGUUCCUGUUGUCGGACUUGUCGGAUUUGCCGCUACUCCUAUCAUCCGGGGCAUCAUGUCAAAGAUGGCGCCUCAAAGUAAACAGGGGGCACUGUUUGCUAGUCUGGCCCUCGUGGAGUCUGCGUGUAGUACGUUCGGCACCCCGCUCUUCAACAGCAUCUACCAAGAGACAGUGACUUACUGGAGGGGUGCUGUGUUCAUCGCCAUGGGGGCCAUGCAUGUGGCAGCCUUAGUCCUCUACCUCAUAUUCGUUCCGCUAUUCAGGAAGGAACAGAGACAACGUCAAGAAGUUCGGCAGAUACAGACGCCAAAGUCAUGACCGUCUAAUAUACUUUGAGUGAUACAACAUCCUCACCAUGACAUCUUUUGUUAUCCUACAUGUGCAAUAUAUAUAUUUACCAUUGAAGUUGUUGCUACUAUUAAUAUUUGUUUCAACAAACAUGUCCACCGUUCAACCAAGUGUUUCUCUUUAAGGGAAAUAUUUAGUGUAAUUCCACUUCCCUUUCGAGAAUCUGGGGAAGAAUAAUCGACCUGAUUGUAUUCAGACUGACGUGAUAAAUAUCUGGAGUAAUGAAAAGCGACGCAAAACAGCAUGCGCUCGGUCUAGCUUUAGUCAAACAUACCUUUCACAAGACAUGAACGGUCAUCACUGAUCAUAUUCUGUGAUAUUGUAUUGUUUUGUUUGUUUGUUGGCUUGUUGUUUAAUGCCGCACUCAGCAAUAUUCCAGCCUAAUGACGGCGGUCUGUAAAUAACCGAGUCUGGACCAGACAUUUCAGUGAUUGACAACAUGAGCAUCGAUCCACGCAACUCAUCCGUUUGUUAUUUCAUUUUGUAUGUUCAUUUUGUAAGUUCAUGCAUUUUAUGUUCAUGCAUUGUAUGUUAUAAAUGACUUUGGAUA